AUGAGGGCACUCUCCGCUGAGCUCGUGAGCCUCGCCACCUCCUGUGGCCUGCCGGAGCACCUCCUCGGCUACUUGAAGGAUCGGCAGAUCUUGUCCGCCGGAUUGCUGGCGGCUAUGGCCGACACUUACAAAGAAGUGGACGAGAUGCUCUACGUCCCGCUGAGGGAUGGAGUGACCGUGGAAGGUCAUAUGAAUGGCAGAUCUCCCAAGACGAAGGACACGUUGUCCGAGCGGCCCUGCGCUUCCUCUGGCAGCGGUGUCGCGCACAGGCACAACAAGAUGGCCACCCAGGGAGCUCAAUGGGUCAGCCGGCGGGAACCCGGCCUGGUGGCCUCCGAACCGGCCCCGUCAAAGGCGGUACCCGCCGUGCCGCGGGAAAUUCCCCCAGCCGAACUCCAGAAGCUUCUGAAGUUCUACAGUGACACCCAAAUCGCGGGCCGCAACCGUGACUUUCCGAUGAAAGCACUGGUCGGCGCCGAAAAGGUGAUGGCCCGCAUCUGGCACGAGAAGUGGAUCUCAUCUCAAUUCACCCCGACACAGCUCCACGAACUGCUCGAAGCCAGGUGCUUCGAUUCCUCCGGCUCGUUGAACACGCUCAACAAAGAGAUGAAACAAAAGCAGCAGAGCCGACUGACGGUCGAUGAAGAGCAGAACGCGAUCGUGAUCGAGGAGGAGCAGCAGUGGAGCCCCAAGGGGUUGCUGGGCUUGAUGGAUGCCUUGGAGGCCAUUGAGCUCUGUUGGAUCCUAUGCCAGCUGGGGCAUGAACUAGAUGUGAAGGAAUACAUCAGCUGGUGGAGGCAACUCUUCAGGUCGAGGCCGGGCAAAAUAGAGCAAAUCAAAGCCUAUUGGACCGAUGCCCGCUGGAAAGUCGCGCUGUCCAUGCGCCAGGGAUACCCUUUCGACCAGGCCAUGCAGCAGAUCAUCGACGACGCGGCAGCACUUCAGGCCGCCUUGAUGAAGGAGUUGGGCACGACCAAGCCUCCACCCAAGAAACCACAGAGCCGGCCACAACACCAGAAGGGCAAGGGCUAUGGCAAGUCCGACAGGGCGGAGACCUCCACUUGGACAUCAUCACAGUCCUCUCAAGAUCGCCCUUGGAAACGGGAGUGGCCGCAAUGGAAGUCGCAGGACGGCUGGCAGCCACAACCUGUGCACAAGUCCUGGCUCAUCCUCUGUGUCUUCGACGGCUGCGGCACCGCGCACGCAGCUGCCGACAUCGUGUUGGGACACCGCCACAUCUGGCACCGAAUCUCAUGGGAGAUCGACGAAGCCUGCACGACGAUCUCGUCGACGCACUGGCCAGACAUCGAGCACAGGGGCGACAUUUUCGCCGACUCGCAGGAGGCCCUCCGAGACCGGAUCAAUGACAUCGAUCCCAACUGCGAGUGUGCAAUCCUUCUGGCUGCAGCCCCACCAUGCCCAGAUUUCAGCCGCAUCCGACCAGAUGCAGAGGGCAAAGACGGCCCCGAGGGCCAGAAGUUCGAUGGCAUGCUGCGGUGGUUCGCUGACCCGAACUUCAUCUUCGGCCAGAGGAAGCUGCUGCGCAUGAUAGAGAACGUGAUCAUGGGCCGCAAAGCCGAUCUCCGUCACUUUGACGCAGAGACAGGGGGAAGUUGGACUCAGCCACAUUCCAUCGCUGGGAACUCGCGGGGCAGCGAGAACUUAUGGGAGAACGAGCGAGGAGAACUCGUGACACCAAGCAUCCUCGUUAAGGAGCGGAUGCACCGCCUGGCAGAUGACUUCACGGCGCCCGCCAAGGACGAACGGGCACGCCGCAAGGUGGUGGCGAACGGCUGGCAUUUGGGCACGGCCGUCAUCGUCAUGCUCCUUCUGACCUGCUUCCCAGCGGCCGAGGCGAAUGUCCAAGUGGGAGUCGACCUGCAGCCAUUAGGCCACAGUGCCAUGGACAUCAUGACAUCCAUCUGGCAGUCCGGACCCUUGGCCACAGGACAGCCACCGGACCAACCAAGAGAUCACUGGAUGACCCAGUGCAAGUGCCUCCAAGAGCAUUGGCAGCACAGCUACACAAGACGCCACCCAGCAGCAGUGGCCGACCUGCUCGAACCGGGCCUUCAACAGACCAUCCAGCUGUGGUUGCACUGGCACCCUUGCUUGCCAGAACUCCGGGAGAAGUUGAUGAAAGAGAUCUCAGCACAGGCCGCUGACCUGGACGAUGACCUUCAGGACUGGCAUCAGGCCCGGGCCGAAAACAUCCGAAUCGUGCUCGACCCCAACGGCCCAAACAGAAUCCACUUUCCACUGUUGUCAAAUCUCCUGAAACGACUCGGGUGGGAAGACCCGAAACUCCUGGACGAGAUCCAGUCUGGAUUCUCCGUCCUGGGAAAGAUGAACCCGGGUCUGGGAUGGACCAAACGGGAGGACAUGAAAUACGCACAGCCGUUGCACCAAACGAAACCAGACAAGCGUUGGAAAGAACUCCUGAAUGAGAUUUCCACUGACAUCAGCAAGAACCGGAUGAUCGGACCCCUCACCGCACCACCAUCGUGGGGCAUCCGCGCAAUCCCCUCGGUGCACCACCCCAACACACAACACCUGCUUCAGGGACCUGAGUGCCACGUCCCGACUAGUUUUGCAUUUUCGGUCGAGCAGACCGGGGCAGACGGCCUCACGAAGGUGAGGCGUUGUGAAGACUGGAAACGAAGCAGACACAAUGACACAGUCGAGGGAGAGGACAUCCCGCCGACACACAGGGUCAACACCUUCAUAGCGGUGGCCAAUAUAUGA